GCCCGGCUGCAGACCUACGGACCUAGCCGAGUCGAGUUAAUCGACUGGAGCGCAGAGAUCACCAACACUCGUUUGCCCGUCCAUCGCUGCCAGUCCUGUGGCGUGACGCCUUCAUCUCCGCGACAGACUCAUUCGCUACUCAUAGUCAUACAUUUCCCCAGGAUGCGCAAUUGACAUUCGUUAUUCCACCACCGUAUCUACCCUACUCGUUUGUGGGUGCGCGCUAUAGAUGGUCUAGGUUUGCUGCCGGUGGGCCGUAUAUGAUCGGAAAGAGUCGUGACUUGAGUCUGGAUCUGUAGGAGGAAAUUCUUUUUCUAGAAAAAAGAUUUCUUGGGUCACGUCCAAUCGACCGAUCCUUUAUGAUGCGUUCCUCGCUACUUCUGGCGCUGGGUAGCGCUACUGCAUCAUUUGCGUUACCCACGAUCGAGGCGGCUGGUGGCAAGUUCUUCACAAGCGAUGGUGACCAGUUUUUCAUAAAAGGAAUCGCUUACCAGCUCACUCCGAACGAUCCGUUAAUUGAUACUGAGCAAUGUACACGAGAUGCCACGCUUAUGAGGAGGCUGGGUGCCAAUACCAUCCGUGUCUACCAUGUCGAUCCAAAUGCAGACCACUCCGGCUGCAUGGCCGCUUUUUCAGAUGCUGGCAUAUACGCCAUGAUAGAUAUGGAUACUUUUGAUACUUACAUCCUGCCGAAUGACCCUUGGUGGAACCAGACGCAGUUUGACCGAUAUUCCGAGGUCAUGGAUGCUUUCCACCGAUACGAUAAUCUACUCGGCUUGUUUGUCGGAAACGAGAUCAUCGCGAUCAAUAAUCAGUCUCUCUCCGCCCCGUUCAUCAAGGCGAGCAGCCGGGAUCUCAAGGCGUAUAGGGAUUCCCAAGGGUACCGGAAAAUCCCAAUCGGCUACUCUGCUACCGACAUCGCCGAGCUUCGGCCCAUGCUUCAGGAUUAUCUGACCUGUGGCGGCAACGCAUCCGAGAACGUCGACUUCUAUGGUCUGAAUUCUUACCAGUGGUGUGAUCCCACAGACUACCAGACCUCCGGAUAUUCCAACCUGCAGACCCAAGCCAAGGAUUUCCCCGUUCCCAUAUUCUUCUCGGAGACCGGAUGCAAUACACCCGGGCCGCGGCUGUUCAACGAUCAGGCCGCCAUAUUCGGCCCUAAUAUGGUCAACGACUGGAGCGGAGCCAUCGUUUACGAGUGGAUUGAGGAGGCUAAUGAGUACGGUCUAAUUUCGUACGGCCCCAGGGCCGACCCGACCGCCACGGGCCGGAAUAUUGAAGGAGGCUACACACGCGCGGGCACGCCGACGCCGGUUUCUCCUGAUUUCGAUAAUCUCAGUAAGCACUGGGCGACGAUUACUCCCACAGGGGUUGCCAGGUCCGAUUACGACACGAACGCAGUCUCGACGCGCGCUUGCCCAACCUCGACGGCUAGCGGGUGGCUCGUAAACGGCAACGUCGCUCUCCCCAGCUUAGGGGAAACCUUGACCAACAGCUACUCGUCCGUACCUAGUGCUACCGGCGCCGCCGACAGCGCCAGCCCGACAGAGUCCCCGAACUCCGUCUCAGGGUCUGCCGAGAUCGCCGGCAUGGCUGCUGGCCUCGUGGGCGUGAUGAUGAUUUUCGCGCUAUGGUUUUAAUUGUAAUUUCUACCGGCAGCAUGCCGCCCCCGGUGUAGCCUCCUAUCCGCUUAACUUUCUAUAUGCGGGAAGUUUCAUAACCAACAUAAUCAGUCGAGAGGCCAGCCCGCCGAAUUUUCUCGCAGAGUCGCUACCAGCGGGGAGUUGGGGAUUGGGCGUAUCGUUUAAUUAUACUAUGAGAGACGAACGUGGAUGCGUCCUCAGGCAGUCGACGCUAAUGACUGCCACGAGGCUAGGAUUUCACAGCUGGGACACAUACCCGCCUUAAACCAAAUUAGCUACCUAAUAUACAAGUUAUAUCGUAUCUGGUUGCGGUAUA